UCCAGCGUUAUAAAAGUCCGUUAUUUUUGAUAAGAAUCAUCUGUACUGUCAUCUGAUUCCCAAGUAGGACGCACACCAAGAAAAAUGAAAGCUAUCUUCGUUUGUCUUCUCUUUUGUUUGGCCUUGAUUGUGCCAUCCUAUGCCAUUUCCUGCAGAUCGGAACCUGAAAGGUGUGGAAAGGAUGAGUGUUGCGUUGAAUUUGGGAUCUUCGGAAGGUGCCGCCCUCUCUUGGGUGAAGGUGAGAAAUGUGAGCUGAAGUCAUUGAAAUCCAAGUUUGACCAGCACGUGUACCUGAUGCAAUGUCCAUGUGGUGAUGGUCUUGUUUGCGAAGAGGAUGACAGCGGAUCAUCUAUUACCGGUAAAUGCAUAAGGAAAUAAAUAACAGAGGAAUCUUUUAGAAGAGCAAGAAAGAAGUGACUUUACUGUUCUGCUUCAAUCAAUAGAAAAUGCUACUCGAAAUUAUCUUUAUUUAAAAAAAAAUUAAUAAUACAUUUGUAGCUUACUAAAAAUAUAUAUAUAGCUAUGUAAGCCAGAAAUCAAUAUAAUCAAUAGUAGAAUAAUUAUUCUAAAUAUUUUGUAUCUGUGCUUGAAAAAUAAAAGAAUGUAUAUUUUGUGAAAUAAUAUAUACUUUUUGCCAUUUUUAUCUGUUCAAAUAAACAAAUUUGAAGCUUUAAUAUUUGCUGUAUUGUAAAAUUGUACUUUGAGAUCUGAAUAAAAACUGGUAAUAUUUUGA